AGUAGAUAACUCUUUAAAAAUAUGGUUUACAGAGUAAACGAACGCAACCGGAAACAAACUGUCAGAAAGAAUGAAAAAGUAAACGAACCAAUGAAUCUUUGUCUGUUGGUUUUUCCAAACUUCUAAAAAUUCUUUUCUUCUUCACCUACACAAACAAAUCCCAAGUUCUCCAAGAUCUCCAGCAAAAUACAAAAACCCAAACCCCAAUUCUGUCCAUACGUAAUCGCUAAACCCAGAACCAAAUCUUGCAAAAAUGCAGUGCCCAAGCACUAACUCCUUCCGUUUCAAUUCUUCUUUAUGCGCUUGCAAUCCAGGGUUCUUGUACAACGCCACCGCCAACAUAUGCUCCCCUUUCACCGUCUCCGGCGCCGACGAGUUCUUAGUCGGUACCGGAGUUGAUUAUUCGAUCAAUUUCCCAGAGACCAUCUUGUCAUUUGAUUCAAUCAAGAAGUACACGCAGUCGCAGGGCGUGUUUCUUGGUGCUACCCUUGUGAUGAUCGUGACUUGGCUCUUGUUCUGUUUUUUUGUGAGGUUUGGAGAUCUUGGUGAUGGAAGAACACCGUGGUAUAAGAUCAGAUGGGCGAUUAGCAGAUUGGAUAUCUGUUUUGCUACUCGCCACUGGCUGGAUGAUCAGAAGGUUCUCAAGAAACGGAAAACAGAACUUGGGGGAGCUUUCUCAAUUGCAAGUUGCAUUCUUUUUAUUGGUUUGUUUGCUGCGUUACUUUACCAAAUUAUAUCAAAAAGAACAAUAGAAGUGCAUAGUGUUGUAGCAGCAAAUGCACCCGAUUUAACUUCAUUCCACAACGAUAUGGAAUUCAACAUCACAACAAUUUCCACCAUGAGUUGUUCAAAUAUUCGAGGUCUUGGCACUUUAUACACAGGAAAUCCCGGUUUUUUGGAUUUUAGAACAAACCCAUUAUCCACUUUUGCAAAUUUUUCAUGUCAAAACACUACAAAGGGCCCAAAAGUCACCCUCAAAUGCAACAAUUGUCAACUUCUUCGUGACAAUUUUUACACUUCGUGGCAUUUCCUUGAUCUUCCAAAUACGCCCGCGAGUGCUGUUGGAUUUGAGUUCAAUUUAACUGCAAAAGACCAUGAACGCGAACAUCAUAUGAGUUUUGUGAGUGGGAUUUUGAAGAAUGGAAGCGGAAAUAAUGGGAAAUUUGUUACGUUUAGAGGUAGGGAUCCGAAUAUUUUGCAAUUUAAUUUAUUUCCACGGAUUUACCGGAAUAAACGUGAUCUUAAACUUAUACAACCGCUUCUUCAUGAGUUUCUUCCUGGAUCUUCGUUUGAUGAGAUUAAUCAGUUGAGGGGUUCUUUACAAAGUUCUAAUGAUGGAUUUGUUAACAUCACUUUUCAUUUGAAUUUCCUUUCAUCGUAUAUUGUUGAAGUUGACAAUCAGAAUGUUUCGGGUCCAGUGGGCUUCCUUGCUGAUUUGGGUGGCUUGUAUUGUAUUAGUAUCGGCCUUUUUUUCUACCUUUUGGUGCAAUUUGAAUACAGAUUCAAGAAGUUUCGCCAUGAAGAUAGCAUAAUGAGAAGGAUUAGAAGUCAAAGGAAAGCACAAGAACGAUGGGACAAGUUGAGGAAAUAUGUAAUAUUUACAUGGGGUCGUGGUUCAUUGCCUCCUGAAAAUGAAGGAUCAUCAAAGAAACGAAAGCAUCAUAUAAGAAAAGAUACAAUCAGUUUUAACACCAAAGUUAGCAUACCCGAUGAAAAGAAGUUUAGUCAAGAGAAAGGUGAAGCCCGAGGAGUGGCAUGCUGUUUUGGUAAUUCUGGAUCAAUCCCUGUGGAAAGAAUCUCAUCCCAAGUGGCACAAAAUGAGGGGUCAGGUGAUGUGAAAUAUGAGAAAGAAAAGGUUACCAAUAAUGACAUACCUUUGCCACCUUCUUUAGAAAUCAAACCUGGUUCAGAAUUAAGUGCUUCAGAAAUCCAGAAAAACCUUCAAAACUUAUACGAAUACAAUGUGAUGCUUCGAGAGGAGUUGAUUGUUGCUCAAUCGAUGCUCCAUACUUUAACAUCGAAAGCUUCUGCAUCAUAGCAUCAAUAACAUACAAAUGAGCUUACGUAUGAGAAGUGAAAAGCCCAUUUUACCCUUGGAACCUGUAGGGGUUGUGCAAGGAGCAUAGCACCUCGGUCACAAGGAAAGAAGAAAUUUCACAUGAAAUUGUUUUGUUAGUUGAUAUGGGCAUAAAAGAAUAGUGUAUGAUGGUGUUUUAGUUGUAUAUGGCUUGUGCUUUAUACUUUUUUAUUGUUUGCCUUUGAAAUGUAAGUUUGGUUUAGUGUUGUUGUAGAUAAGGCUGUGGAAAUAGUCUCAUCCCAAGUAAGCUGCAUUAGUUGUAGGAUAUGAGCAAUUCUUUCUCAUAGUUUGAAGUUUGAACAAAGAUUAAGGGAUAAAUGCUACAACAUACUUUCAUUUA